GCUGUAGGGAGAGCCGGGGAUCCCAGGCCGCUCCGGACUGCCAGGGAGGAAGGGCGAGCCGGGAGAGCUGGGCCUGUCGGGAGCACCGGGCAUCCCCGGCAAGGAGGGACUGAUGGGGCCCAAGGGCGACCGGGGAUUCGACGGGCAGCAAGGAGCCAAGGGAGACCAGGGGGAGAAAGGAGACCGGGGCGCUCUAGGUGUUAUCGGCGCCCCCGGCCCGCGGGGCAGCGACGGGGCGCCCGGCCCCCCCGGUCCCCCGGGCAGCGUUGGCCCACGAGGUCCCGAGGGCAUGCAGGGCCAGAAGGUGAGUCCCCGGUGUGCGACGCCAGAGAGCGCA